AUGCUAUUCCCUCCAAUUCCAACGUCGCUCGCCGUACACAGCCAACCUCACCGAACACAGACACGACACACAGCAGGACGACAUCAACCAAGACGCCAACUACCUCCACGACCUUCACACGCGCCUAGCGCAACUCGAGCAAGCGCUCACCCAGCAGCAACAAACCGACACGCAGCACCCAGGUAA